AUGACAUUUCUGCUUUGGCUUGUCACGAAUCUCGUGCGCUGGGUGCGACUGAAGAUCUAUCAGUAUGAGGUGACUUUCGCCGUGUAUAUGCUCACCCCUACAGAAAAGUUCAUCUUUAAUUCUCUCCUCCUCACCCUCCUCACCAUGAUUAUCACCGGCAUUUACGUCUAUUUGCCCGAUCAUAUCCGAGCCAUUUACAGUCACUUAUACUACUACUGGGUCGGCGAACGUCCGUUCAUCUCCGGGAAUCUUCCGACCAUCAGUUCAGUAUUCCGCGAAGUUGGCACCCAGACGAUGGAUGUCCUCUACGAAACCGCGAAAAACCAAGCUGCCACGGUCACUGAUUCGAUUGCCGAACUCUGA